GCCUAGGGACGUCGUAGGCCUUUAACUCAGACGAGCCUAGGGACGUCGUAGGCCUUUAACUCAGACGAGCCUAGGGACGUCGUAGGUCUUUAACUCAGACGAGCCUAGGGACGUUACAACCCUUCGUCCAGGUUGGCCUUAGGACCGUAACUACCCUUCAGUCCAACAACAACAACAACAAUUAUUUUGUUACUGUACAAGAAUUAACUGAUAGUGAACACUGUCUCCAUCACAGCUUCAACAUGGACGCCCUGGAAUUAUUCCGACAGUGCAAAAAGGGAGACAUUGAAGAGGUCAGGCUACUGGUUGAACAACGUGACAUUGAUGUCAACAUACGAGACAAAUGGGACAGCACACCUCUGUAUUAUGCGUGUUUAUGUGGGCACAAGCAAAUAGUGGAGUAUCUGAUUGGUGCUGGUGCCCGAUGUGAAGCCAAUACUUUUGAUGGUGAGCGGUGCCUCUAUGGGGCCCUGACGGAUGAUAUUCGAUGGCUUCUGGCUCAACAUAAUUUGGUGACAACGCAUACUAUUAGGAGAGAUGCUUAUGAUGAAUUCCUGAGACGGUUAUUUGAAAGUGGCGAGUACAGUGACAUAACUUUUGUGGUGCAGGGUAAAUCAUUUCCGCUUCAUCGUUGUUUGCUGAUUGCCCGUUCAGAAUAUUUCAGAGAUAUGUUCUCAUCACGCUGGCAUGACAGGUCAAGAAUAACCAUCAACAAAGAUUUGGUUCACCCCGGAGCAUUUAGUGCAGUCAUGAAGUACAUCUACACUGGAAGGUUCGAGUGUUCGCUGGAGCUGGUCGAGAGAAGUAUUCGCAUUGGCAUGAACUGCAAACUGACUAAUUUUAAAACCAUGGUGGAGGACGCACUCAAGAAGGCUCUCACGUUACAAAUGGAGAAACAUGGGUUGGUAAAGGUGACUACUGUAGUGGUGGAACCUGACUCGUCUGAGGGUAUGGGGUCAGAGAGUGUUGGAGCAGAUCUGAGAGAGCUCACUCAGGCCACACUGCCCCCACAUCUCCGCUUCUGGCCCACAGAAAUGCCCUUCUGUAACACGCAGGACCAGCCACCUUUUGCUGAUGUCUGCUUCAUGGUGGAUGGUCACCCAUUUAUGUGUCACAAGAUGUUCUUUUGUCCUCGGAGUGAAUACUUCAAAGCAUUGCUGCGAGAUCAUUUUCACGAAACUGAAUGGAGGGAUUCCCAUGACUCGCGCAUUCCUGUGGUCACCCUCCACAAUAUUUCGGCCGAAGUGUUUGCAAUUCUUGUGCAUUACCUCUACUGUAACCAGACAAUUGUAAACAUGGAAAAUUCAAUGGAUGUUAUGGUUGCAGCAGACAUGCUGUUGGUUCCUGGACUAAAGCGGCAAUGUGGGGUUUAUCUCGGCACUCAACUUCACACUGACAACGUCAUUAUCAUACUUCGACUGUCACGCAUGUUCCAGUUGCCCCGGCUAGGAGAUCAGUGUGUUGCCUUUAUGGCCAAAAAUCUAGAUCAGAUACUGGAACAGCAAGAAUUUAGAGAUCUGGUUCUAGCAGAUGCCCAGGAGGUUCAAGGCCGACAAGAGACCGACACUGUAGAGAUUGUGGAUGAACUGCGCUAUCACAUCUCAUCAGCGGUACAGACAAUAUCUGGAAUACAUGAGGCUCGUACCAAAUUGUCAUCCUUAGAGGCUUUACUGGAUGAUCUUGGUAUUGAGGCUUAGAUGUGUUGUUGGUCAGAUAGCAGAAUCAUAAACUCAAUAAUAAUGUAAUUAGUUAUAGGAAUUUUACAAUAUUUCUUGUAUUUUGGCAUUGGUCCAUACUUGGGAUACGAUGAUGUAUAAUCCAUCAUAUGAUGGGAAUCUUAUUAUAUUUCUUAAAGAAAGAUAAUUAUUUUAUGCAGUACUGGUACUUUCUCUAAGGCACUUUAUGCAACAGUAGCAUAAAUAUUUUGGCCAAAAUCAGACUCUUCAAAGCUUGAUGUGUGUAAUCAAAGAAUAGUUGAUUUUAUGUAACAAAUAACAAAUAGUUUUAAUUUUAGAUUAUUCUGUACAGUAUAUAGAGUUUUGUUAGUUUAUUCUCUCUUUUUACAGUGAUAUCCUUUAAAAAAUUUGUAUAAAGGACUGUGGUUACAAAGAUUCAUAUAUUUGUAUCAGGUUAUUAAUUUUGUAAACUGUUUAGUUUAAAUGUGCAAUACUGUAUCUGUUUUAUGUAAUUUCCCUGUGUGUGUCAGUCAGCAUUAUUAUUAAUAUCUUUAUUAUGUACUGUACUGUAUAUUGAUUUAUUGGUUAACCAAGCCAAAAUUACUGAGAUAAAACAUACAAGUCAUAUAACUACAAAUCUCAAACAUUAUCAACAUGCCAUGUGAGCACAGUUUGAUACCCCUGGCUGUGUAUUAUAGUAUUAAGAAGCAAAGGAGCUCAUUUGAAGAGAGCCUGUAUUCAGAGCUCAGUGUGGUAAGAUCUUGUAACUACUGUAUACAAUCCUAGAGCAUCUGGUAAAUCAAAUUGUAAUUUACAGAUAUUCCCACCGUGUCUAAAGUUUUUGAGUACUGGUGAGUAAAGUACUUCAUAUUUACUUAAGGUUAUUUAAUGUUUAUAGUUGGUCAUUAAUUUUCUCGUAUUAUCGCAUGAAAUUUCCAAGUUUAAGAAUAUAUAAAAUAAAAUUCUUAGCUUUGAUAUUUGCAUCUUAGCAGUUUUUUUAAACUGAUCAUGCUUUACAAUAAAAACAUCCUAACCUUUCAGUGAAAGAGAUACUAAUAGUUACAAAGUCCUUUAGUCAUACAAUGUUUCACCCUUGAGUGGGAUUUUUUCAGCACAUAACAAAUAUGAGGUACAAUAACGUAAGUAAUCAUCCAUAGUGUAUGAGUCAGGAUUUAAGGUGUAUCUUGUAUUAGUUAUGUGCUCGAAAAAGUUCACUUGUGGAUGAAACCUUGUACCAAUAAGGGACUUCACUGCUACCAGUAUCCUUUUCACCACUUGUUGGUGUUAUGCCUCCAGUUUGCAUCAUAACUUUACAAAUUAAUUAUGACUUUUGAAUAGUGAAAACACCUCAGUUGCUUUUUUGAGUAGCUAAGAAAAUAUAGUACUGUAUUUAAGAAUCUGGCUGUGCACUAGCAUAUACGGUAUUUAGUGCAGUUUUAUGUUAGUGAUAAAUGCCACAGUAUACCCCAGUGAUAGGAAGGUAUUGAUUUGAGCUUUGCAUGUUCUAGUCCUACAGCUAGGCUGGUAAUAACCAGCUUUGCUCUAGCCAUGUUAGAUAAUACUUGCUACUACUUGUUGCUACAUUAAAAUGAUAAUAUCAGAACUUUUCUUAAUACUGUACACUGUAGUAGCUUACAGAGCAGGAUGUUUGAUCAGUGAUUCACAGACUGUGAUAGAAACCUGAUAUGUAUACAUUAAAGCAUUAUUCUUUAGUGGUUAAUUAUAGAAGGGAUCCGACAUAUCUUCUUCUGGCUUAGAUUAAUCUUUAAUUUUAACUUUGCCUUGUGCUUUAGUUCAGCAACUCAAUCUUCCACUCCUUAAGUAGGGGUGACAUUUUUAAUGCCAAAGAAUAGUAGUUGUACUGAUGUAUUGAGUAAAGCAAUAUAGAUUUUGUUUUACUUAUGUAUAUUACCAUAGGGAAAUUUUAAGCUGUUAUUUCUAGAGCAUUUUGAAACUGCACCUACGGAUUAAAAUAAAACUAUUAUUUGGUACAUAAACCUGAUCAGAAAACCUGUAGGAAGCUAAGUGUGAAACUUGGAAGAGCUGCUAGCAGAUAGAGUGGGAUAUUUCCAUUAUUUCUGAAUGCAGGAGUAGCCUUAUUUAGCAUAUUUUUUUAUUCCAAAAUCGGUUCCAAGCUGGACUGGGAGUACGAUUAUUUCUCAUCUGAAAGUGCUUUGAAUGAUGUAUGCAUUUACUUGACAAAGGAGGUUUUUAAGUUAGUCAGCCAGAGUAAUAUACGUAUUUGAAUACUUUUGUUAAAACCUAAGUUACCCAAACUCUGAGUAAUGUGUGAGGAAAGAUUUACCCUUGAAUUGAUUCAUAUUAUUACUUUAAGAUUUUAAUACAUUUUACUUAGGAUUGUUAAAGCAUUGCAGAAUAGAUAGCAUGUUGUUGAGAUACUGUUAUGGGAUAUAGAUGAAUGAAGUUAUAAGAAAGCAUAA